AUGCUCUCCGAGCACAAUGUUAGUCGAGGCGUGGCUACUCUCUACUUCGACGGCGUCAUAUCUUCCAAAUCCUCGAACAAGCGGUUCUAUGUCGAGAAAGUCCCCUUCACGCACUGCUCCGUGGGAAAUAUGGACGUAGCAGAUGACUCUGUCGACGGAGCUAUCUGGAUACAGUCUACAUUGUUGGCUGCUGACGGAGCUUGGUAUCUCCUCAAGAAUCCAAGUCCAGAGUAUGAGAGGUUUUGGACACCAUAUUUGUGGUUGGCGAAUUUUGCUAAGUACGUCGUGGAUUUCUUGUCUGCCCACGAGUCUGUUCGUUUGGCCGAUUUCGAGUCGCGGUUUGCGAGAUGGGUUCGUCAUGCACAUAAUUCUGAGAAGGUUGAGGCGUGGUUUGCGCAAGGCCUGAAGAGCGUAGUUAUGGAUUUUCGGCAGCACUUUGCGACCAAUGUGGAGUAUUUGUGGAAGGAAGCAUGUAACAUUACCGGAGAGAAGCUUGAUAAGCACCCGAUUUGGGAGGAAACACAUCCGGAGAUGUUGAAUGCUAUUAAAGCUGGAAAGCACGAUAUCGAUCCUAGAACGGUUGUGACACCAGGCAUGUUCGAGUGCUUCAAGAAUCUCUUUCCUGAUGAGAUGAGAGUGCUGAAGAAGCGGCGAAACCGUGUGACUGGAGACCUCGACACCGAGUCCGAACCGACACGACAAAAAGAUGAGGCGCAACUUGAUGGUAAGAUCCGUGACGCACCUGAUUUUGGGAUCAAAGUCGGAGACGUAGUCGUGGUCGAACCAGAGAAGAUCGACGGUAAGGUUGGCUGGAAGUCCGAGCGGCCGUUCUGGUCAGCUUACGUGAACGAAGUUGUCGGCGAGCAACGAGACAAACUGCGACUCACCUGGUUAUACUGUCCCGAAGACACGACAAUUGGGGACGCUUAUUACCCAAACCCUUGUGAGCUAUUCUUUUCGGAUCACUGCAUGUGCGAUACCCCAAAACACCAACUGUUUCCCGUUGAGGAAGUACUGGGCAAGCUCUCAGUGGACUUUAAGGGUCAGGAGCAGCAUGGUGGACAUGAAUACUACGUGCGGCAGAAGUAUGAGUGGUACGAAAAGCGCGAUGAAUGGUGCUUCAGAACGUUGAAGCAGAGCGAACUUCGUGAAUGUCCGUGCCUGUCGUCCGCGGCACAACAUAAAACGAGCGCUGCUGUCUUUGAGGACAUUGUUGCACGAUAUAGCGUUGGUGACUGCGUCUAUUUUGACCCUGGGCACGACUCAGAGUCGGAAGGAGGUUUGUGGCCGAAACGGAUUGUUCGGAUUGAUCUUGAUGACCAAACGGUCUCUCUUCAAAGUUUUUGGCCGACUGGUCGCGAUAACGAGUUAUAUGUCGAUACCGAUGACGCCAGGAUAAUAUUUGGCUCUCACCUACGCAGAAUUGGAAGGAAAUGUACGGUUGAACGAGUGGGCGAGAACGAAGAACUCCCUCCGGCGCAACAACAACACGGUGCUGGCGAUUAUUGGUUUUAUCGGUACGCCUUCGAUAGUGAAACGCGCGAAGUCACUUCGAUUUGCGACUCAGAUUGCCAUGACCCGUUGGUGAAAGAAGUGAAGAAACGGAAAAAGUCGGUCCAGCCACUUUGUGGUUUAGACCUCUUCUGCGGUGGGGGCAGCUUCGCUCAUGGUAUUGAGGAUGCUGGUGGGGUCGAGCAUAAGUGGGCGGUGGAUUAUGACACAACCGCCAUGCACACUUACCGUGCAAAUGUCACCGACGAACGUCACGAAGGCCGUGACGUCUUUUUCUGGGAGGGGUCGGUGAAUACGUUCAUCUCCGCGGCAAUGACGAAAGCCGGAGAGCCUGGUGUUCCUCAACCUGGCGACGUCGAUUUCGUUGUUGCGGGAAGUCCGUGUCAAGGUUUCUCCACGGCGAAUCGGCAUAAGACCACGGCAAGGUCGAGAACGAAUUGCUCCCUAGUUGCAUCGGUUGCUUCUUUCGUGGACUUCUAUCGGCCGAAGUAUGCAUUGCUCGAGAAUGUUGUUGCAAUGAAGUCGGAUUAUAAGAGGGAUGAUGGCACGACCUAUAACGUUUGCAAUCAGAUGGUUGCUGCGUGCGUGUCGAUGGGAUACCAGUUACGGUUGUAUGUGCUUGGAGCUUAUCUUCAUGGUGCUCCGCAGAAGCGGGAACGUAUCUUCAUUUCGUUGGCGGCGUCGGGUUUGACAUUGCCCGGACGACCUGCGCCGACUCAUGCUGCGAACAAGACUCGAGUUCGGAUCUCGAGUAAGGAUGGAAGUGGACAUCAGUUUCGGGAUGGGGGGGAUGUGGGCGCAACGCCGUUUGCAUUCCGGUCCUCGAGUAACGCAUUGGACGAUUUGCCUGAUAUUGGAGAUGCACAGGUCGGCGUGAAUCCCCAGUACCCACACCACGUCACUUCUGUAUCUUUGUCAAAAAAGACACGGCAGCUCGUUGCGCUGAUCCCAAAGAGCCAUAGAAAAGUCCGUGGCAAGAACUGGUCAAAAUCCGCAGCCUCCUACUCCGCCGCCGUUGCCCUAAACCGCAUCCCACACUGCCUCCGAUCCGCCUACCUGGAACGUCACCGCCUCAAACACGGUGCCAUCGGAUCAUACUGCAGAUUCGAUCCGCGGGGACUCAUCCCGACGAUUUUGACACAACCGGGAACGCAAUCGAUAUCCGCGUCACCGAAUCUGCAUUAUGAUCAGAACAGAGUCAUGACGAUCGAGGAGGCAAGGAGGGCGCAAGGGUUCUUGGAGAGGGACGUCAUUUUGGGGACCAAGGAGAAGGCGUGGAAGAUUGUGGGGAAUGCAGUGUCAAGACCGGUCGCCUUGGCGUUGGGUGUUUCGUUGCGGAAUGCGUUGGAGGAGAAUGCGAAGCUUGACGCGGACGCUUAG